UGGGCGCGCGAGUUUUCCUUUUUUCCUGAAAAAUGUGAGAUUAACUAAGCCCUAAUUUCGCGUUCGAUUGAGUUUUCAUCUUGAUUUGAUUGUUUUCGAAGUAGUGCGACCGUAGUGCACGUUUGCCAGUGUUUUCAGGGCCGCUCUGCGUUGGUCCUUGCGCGCCUAGUUCGAGGAACGUUAACUAAUUUUAGAAACCGAAAUGAGUUCGAAUGGAAGAUGGAUCGUUGUUAUGCUCUUGCUCGUUUGCGUACCGUCGCCGCUGGCAACCGCUUCGCUUUUGGAAUACAUCUGGCCUGCACAGGAGAAUAGGGGCGAUCACUCGACGGCGAUCGAUACGUUCCCGGGUGUGCCGUAUGAGCUGAGCGACGGUGAGGAAGAGUUCAUACGGGAAGCAUCGAAAUGGAUCGGAAUGACGCUGUCCAAACUUGACCUGUGCCAUCAUCGGAUCGUGCUGAAGCUGAAGAAAUCCUGCCACGAACUGAACGGAGAGCAGAUGGGUAAGUUGGCGGUGAUGCUGCUCAACUGCCAGUCCGAUUCCGAGGGCCGGCCCCUGUUUCCGUGCACGGAUGAGAUGUCCUUGCGCCAGUGUACCGAGCGGAUGGAUUCCGACACGUGGAACGCCUAUCAUUUGAUAACGAACCGGGCCAAAGCGGUAUGUGCGAGCGUACGGCAUGAGCAGUUCCGUGGGCUGACCGAGCUCACGGUCAACAAGUUGAUGAGCACGGCCCACGAGCAGCUGCGGAUGAUGGGUGAGCUAGCGGACAGUCAACAGCAGCUACAGAGCCUUACUCGGGAAGCGGUCGACGAGAUGGUGGGCAAUAACGAGCGCAUUAUGCACCAGCAAGGUGACAUCAUGAAACUGUCCGAGGUGCACCGAGCAAAGGUCGAGUCGAACUUCCGCGAGCUGGUGCGCGAAAAAAGCCUAAUCCGAGCCGGUCAGCAGGAGGUGGCCGUGUUGUUGACCGAUUUACGUGCCCGUAUUGAUGGGAGCAUGAGGCAGCUAGAACAGCAUUCAAAGCGCAGCAAGCUAAACCACGAUUCCCUGUUGACCGAUUUAGAGCGUUUGCAAGCAAACGCUGCCGCUAUUGCGGCCAAGAUUGACGACACGGGGCUCCACUUUGCUGAGCAUCACCGUGUGGCUGAGGAGCAGUACCGCUACACGUUGGAGCAGCUGCAGCGUAUCAACGCAACCGUUGCCAACGUGCUGCAAUCGCUGGGUAGUGUACGGGACGAUUUCAAUCGGCAGCUGGCGUGGUUUACGGAAAAGGUUGGUGGCGGUGAAAAUGCUCUCCAGAAGGCAUACAUCAUCCUACUGCACUUUAGCUUUCUGCUGGUCGGCAUGAUCUGCUUAGCUUUCGUUGGAGCAGAUAAAAUGUUGCGCAUUGCACUGGUUGUGGCUGUUCCUGGCAAUAUGGUUGGAGGACUGUUGGAGUUGUUUCAACCAGACAUUUUGCGGCUUUUCAUAGCACUGGCUUGUAUUGCCUUGGUUGAUGUAUUCGUCCGACUUGUAUUGAAAUAUUCUUCGUCUGGAGCUGGGCUUCCCCAGAGCAGUACUGUCAAUCUGGAACGUCCAUCAACGACCAGCACCGGUCAAACGCCACAGCGUUCCAGUGCAGAGUAUCGCCAUUACCCAGAAAACGAACCAACCGAUAGCGAGAAUGAAGAGGAAGAUCGCUAUGGCAGAAAUACAAGCCGAUUACGUUCGAUCACUCCUUCUGGCUUGCUGCGUGAGUCUCUCCGGCGAAGUGUUUCACGAUUUAGCGGAACGGAUGAUGUGCGGCGCAGCAGGACUCCGGUGAGAGCUGCGGAACGGAGAUCGGCUAGCCAAAAUCGAGUACAGUGCACGGCCAGAACCCUGCGUGGUGAUCAGUGUCGCAGCAGUGCCCAAACUGGCAGUGAUUACUGUCGUCUUCAUGGACCGCGAGGCUUGUGAACCGCGUACCACGAUGCUUUUCCUCAAGCAGCUCUCUUAUUUAUUUAAAUUGUCUUAUUUUCUUAGUUCCGUUCUACCUCGCUAUAAGUUUGCUGUUUGAUUUAAUGUGGACAUGGAUGUGUUGUAUUAUUUCAACUUCUUAGAUAAUUAGGAAUUUAUCUUACGAAUUGGCCGUGUUGGGUUUUAGAAAAUUGUAAAUAUUUUAAAUUAAUUUUUUGCUUUAUUUUAGCCGCAAACCGGGUUUUACGUGUACGCCGUAAGGGUUUGUUUAAGACAUACAGUAAUAAAUUAUAUUG